AAAGGAAGCAGUCUGCGAUAAGUUUUUUUUUUUGUUUGUUUAUUUCUACAAAAUUUGAUAAAGCAAAACUAUGGUAAGAGGCCUGGUGGGGAUUAACAGAAUGAGGAGAGAGGUCUGAAGGGGAGGAAGGACACCCAGUUUGACAACAAUCGUGCACAACUGAUGACAACAUCAAAUAUUAACAGUGUUUGAGGCCUUGGGCCUUGAGUAACCACAUAUAAAGAGACACUCUGACAGAAAGAGAGACAAUGUCAUCCGAUCUUGACUCCAGUCUGACCAGCAUUGACUGGCUACCCCAGCUGGGAAUCAGCAGCCUGCGGUCAGGGAAAGAGAGAGGAGGAGGGGACAAGAGGAAAGACAGAGGGAGGGAAAGAGGAGACUUCAUACCCUCCGCUCCAGCCCCCUCUCCUUCUAACUCCAAAGGGAAGCCCCCUCAUAGUUAUGCAACUCUGAUUGCCAUGGCGAUAGCGUCUGCACCUGAGAGGAAGUUGAGUUUGAAUGACAUCUACACCUGGAUAAGUGACACCUUUCCUUAUUACAGCCGAGCCGGCCGUGGAUGGAAGAACUCCAUUCGGCAUAACCUGUCCCUCAAUAAAUGCUUUAGGAAAGUUCCUCGACCCCAGAGUGACCCUGGCAAGGGUUCCUACUGGACAAUGGAUGGACCUUCAGAGGUUAAUCAAGUGAGGCCACCUAAACGGCCCUAUCCAGAGGAGGAGGAGCAGCAGAAUGUUCCUCAAGUACCAGUGACACAAGCAGGCCGAGGCACCUCACCCCUACAGCUACAGCCAGCCCCCCAGACAGACCACCAGCUUCUUAAAGCAGAGCCUGUCCAGCAGUCGCCCCAGCAUGCCUCCUUCUCUGCUCCCCCAUGCAAGCAACGGUCACCCUACAUGCCCUGCCCUGUCUCUAGUCUCUCUGUCCCUCAUCCAUCAGUCUCUCCUACAGCUGUUCCCCCAUCUGCUGACCCCCUGUCCUCCAUCAAUUGUCUCCCUCCUCCCCAUCCAACAGGCACCACUCUUUCCCUUCCCGCUGCCUCUGCUCCAUCUCUCUCUAUUGCGAAUAUGUCUUCUCCAGCUGCCCCCUCUCUUUCUGUUGCCACCCUGUCUGUUCCUACUAAUUCAUUGCCGGUAUCUGUUCCCACUUGCUCUGUUACGCUUAACUCAAUGCCCAUGCCUGUUUCCACUUUACCGGGCCCCAUUCACUCUGUGCCUUCUAUAUCUGUUGCCCCUCCCUCUGAUCCCCCCUCAUCUGUUGCUCCUCUUGCUGUCUCCUCACACUCCUCCACCGACCCCCCACUUCGUUUCACCUUCGAUGAGCUGAACUUACCAGAUUUGUAUGCAUCCUUCAAGUCUCUCUGCAAGACUAUGCGGGAGAGAGGGGGCUCGCAAUCCGAUGUGCCUCCCCAGGCUGUGUUGACCAAUGAGACUACCCCACUUCACACUCCGACUGUGCUCCCAAUGUCUCCUCAACCUGUACCUGUCCCAGCUGCACCUCUUGCUGAGACAGAGCGCCUUUCGCAAUACACGGUGCCAGCUGACUGGUUCAGUAACACAGAUUCUCUGAAAGAGAGCUUCCGCAUUGCCAGUAACCUAAACUGGGCUAACAUAGACCUCUCAAGUCACCCAGACCUCCUGGAGAGCAUGCGCCAGGCCGAGCUUUGUGACUGGGCACUGGACCCGGCGCUCUUCACUUCACUCUGUGACUCUCUGAACCGCUUCUUCACUCAGAGAGGCAUGAUUGGCUCCUCUUCUGGGAAUAACUCUCCACUGGCCCUUGGUGUACAUCCCUCCCCCCAUGUCCCACCGUUCUCCUCCAAUCCACCUCCUACCCUGGCCAGCCUCACCCAACCUUCACCCCUUCCCUACCCUCCUGUGCUUGUCCCUUCCAAUGGCACACAGCCUCCCCGGAGGGCUGUGCACCCCCAGGGACACGGUCCCCAGAGGCCUCAGCUGACACAGCCUGCUAACACAACUGCCGGGAUUCCACCUCAGCCCAUGGCGCCCAGGCCACGUCCUCCACUCAAGAGUCUCCACAGCAAUAGUGAGGAGAUCCAGGAUGAUUUUGACUGGGACUCCCUGAUCGUUUGACCCUCACCAUCUGUGUGGAAAAUGCCCAACAGAACGUUUCACAGAGAAAUGUGACUCAAUUCACAAGGCUGACAGCCGGACUCACUAAACUCUAUGCAGCAGCUGCCUCACUGUUGUGCAUUUUGAAGCUUCUCUGAGGGAGGAGUGUGAUGUCAAGUAUAUAACACAGAUGACUGAAUGCUGUAUUUUGAGGUUGACUGUUCCUUUUUUUUUUUUUACUUUCAUUUAAGAAUUGUUGUAGUAUCUUUUGUCUUUACUUAUCUUCUGCAGCCAAAUCUAUAAUUCUGUCAAAUUAUAGAUUUAUAUUGUCAUGUUCACCAAAGAAAAUAAACUGUAAAUUUAUUCUCAUCACAUUACUGUGUAACUCAGAGGUACAAUGAGUAUCUGUUCUCAAGGAUUCUAGUGUGAAUAAGAAAUUGUAGAUUAAAUGAAUGACAUAGAGCUAAAAAAUGCUGAUAUAGGAUUUAGCAAACAUAAGCAUACCAGGCAAGCAUUGAACAAGCCAAACACAGAACCUUUGUGUUUUUUUUAUUUCAUAAAUUUCUUGAUUUUUUUUUCCAUUUUACUUUUCAAAUGUGAAUGUUCACAGUUAACACCACACAAAAUUUAACCUUACCCGAUAAAAGAGAUAUUUUCUUUUUGUUGAUAUAAAAUAACAAUAAAUUCAUCAAACUAAAUUAAAAGAACAGCAUGGAGC